GCAUAGCAGGGGCCAUAAUACUAGUAUCGUAUAAAAGGGAAGCAGCAAAAUGAAAUUAGGGGUUCUCUAAACCCCAAAAUCAGAAUCCUAUUCGCCCUUGCUCGUCAGUCAUCACUCCUUCAUCGAAACGAAACGAACAUGGGGUACGUUUAUCGAUUCUUCCUUCCGACACGGUACAGUAACACGAGAGUUAUGAAAUCUGUUGGCAACCUCAACGACCUUACAUCUCCUCCCCCUCGUGGAAUACUCUAUCAGACAAGUUGUAUUGAGGCCAAGACAAAAUCAGAGGGUUUGGAUGACGAGAAGACAUCUUCUUCGUUAGCAUCUUGCAUGGAAGAGAUUACAAAACAUGUGGAGUUAUUGAAACAGGAACUUGAGAAACCCUAUACCUCAGCACAUUGCUUAAAAUGGGCGGAUCUAUUGUUUUCUUACAAGCUAUGUUUUUGGAGGAUCAAAUGAUUAAUGGAUAAGGAUUACAAGUGGCAAAGUAACCUUAGUAAGGUUGGGUUAGUCUAAAAGUAACCAUGGUUUAGUUAAUGGUUUAGCUUUAUAAUAACGUGAGAGGUUUGGGGAGAGAUCUAUCGAGAAAUUAGAGAGUUGUUGCAGAGAGAGAGUCUCAUGGUUCCUUUCUUUGUAAACCAUUUCUGAUCAAUAAGAACGUAUUUCAUCUUUGAUUAUCAGUAUUGUUACUUUUGAGAUCCAAAUCAUAACAAAUUGGUAUCAGAGCCGUCGAUUCCGGAGACCCAUGUCGACAAAAGUUGAAAUCGAUGAAGUGCAGGAACGUCUGCAACAUGGCGUGAGGAGGACCGUUGGUUGCGGAGCAACAACUGGAAAGGGACAGAGUGAAGUUCCCGAGGCCAGAUAUGGUUGUCCGAGAGCGGUGGAGCAGAUCCUCAUACCAGGAGCAGAUGGAGAAGCGCUUGAUCGAAAUCGCUUUGGCGAGUGGUACCUCCAUGGAGGAGAUAGAAGAGAUACAAGCUAUGACGAACUAUGACAGGCCAGUGAGGACGCUGGAGGAGGAAAGGAGGGCUCGGCUGGAAAUGCUGGAAGAGUGCCGUCAAAUGCUUGAUCGAUGGGAUGAAGAAGAUGAAGCGAAGAAAUCACUGGAGGAAGAGACGAUGGCUGCAGAAGACUCGAAUCUGGGUCAUAUUGAAGGAUCCUUGAAGAGUUUCUGUCUACCGUUGGUGAAACUUGUAGAUGAUCAUCAAGUGGUUUCGCAGGAGACGCACAAUGGUGAAACCUUUAUUUGUUGGGAUCAAAAAGUGGAGCCGUACUUUGAGAGGGGUAAAGAUGCAAGAGAGGAGUUGCUUGAGACCAAGAAGGAGAAGUAUGCCCACCAUGUGUUCGAUCAAAUGGUUGAGGGAGGUGUAAGAGUAACAAGGAAGAGAAAGAGAUGGAAAAAAACUUUUCUAGAUAUUGAAAAGCAUUUGGAUGAUACUUUGAGCGAAAAGGAUAAUGAUAACUUUGAGACACUGGGAAUACAAAUGGAGAAAAUAUCUAAGAGACGAAGGAAGAGUUUGUUGGAGUGGUGUAACAGAGUAAGCUCUUGUCAAUUGGUGCACAUCCGUCAAAGAGUUGACAGGAAAUGGCUGCUCAUGUUCAUAAAGAAGAAGAGGAAGAGGAAGAGGAAGAGGAAGAGGAAGAAGAAGAAGAAGAAGAGAAUGACAAAAAUUGCAAAGAAUUAUGGAUAUAACGACAGGUCAGAACGAUGCAAGAAGGCUAAAGGAGGCUUGCUGAGUGUAAUGGCGAGAUGGUUGCAUCACCAUGUGGAAGGAACUGCUGAGAAAGUGAACAAAGUGACAAGUAUAGCGAUAGAGAUAUCUGGUCAGCUUACUGGACAGAGCUUGCUGUAGCUAAAAGUUACAGUGAAAAAGCAGAAGAGUAAAAGGCUGCAGCAGCAUAGGAAGAAGCGUAUCAAGUCUAUCAAGAAUGAGGAUCACUGCUGGAGUAUGAGAAAAGGGAAGAGGGAGUAUGAGAUGAAGAGAAGCAAGCUUGAAUUAGAGAAACUGAAGCUGAUGCAGAAACAUAAUAAAGCUCUGAAGAAACUAAGGAAAUGGAUGAAGCAUAAGUUCAAGCAGAAAAAUAAGAAGGGAAGUAUCAAGCUAGAUGGUGCAGUGAUGAAGAUUAAGAAACUGUUAGCUGCCACAAUGACAGAGAGAGCAGAGCUGAGGUUUGAGUGUACGGUUCAGGGAAAGCUUCUCUCACUCUUUAAGAUAGGAUGGACGAAGAUCUUGUGGAAUUGGAAGAAGCAUAAGAUCAUUUACAUGCGACAGAAUAUUAAGGGUAUCAUGACUGCAACGUUUGGUGAUCGUAAGGUGAGUUUGAGAGAUGCAAGAAUGGGGUAUAAGGUGACAAAGUUCAAGCACGAGCUAGAGACUGAGCAACUGCUGCAGGGACGUAAGAAUGGGCUGAAGAAGCUUGCGACAUGGAUGAGGCGUAAGCUCACACUCAGUCACAGCUUUGAGUGCAAUCAUCCCAUAAAUCUCUUAAAAGCAUGGAGUGAGCAAUCAAAGAAGAGACCUUCAGGUAACUAUAUUGCUGUGAUGUGGAACUUAAAGCGAGAACCUGAUCUGUCUCGGAAGCAACGUAGGUACAAGCAAAGGUACAACAAGAGUCAGUGGCUGCAUAUGGUGGAGAAAAUGAUCACUAAAAUUUAUGUUGAGAAACCAGUGUAUCUACGCCUACAGAGAAAUGGAGGAUCUGAACAUGUGAUUAGUUGCCAAUGGGAUCCAGGUGGAGCAGGUUCUGGUCAAGAAGAUAAGAUAAAGAGAGUUGGCACUGCUGACGGCACCCUGUUGGGUCAUUACCAGGAAACGAGGCUGAUAAGAUCCACCAUUCAAACUAUAAAAGCUACAGAUCGUGGUACAAAGGGGAGGGUCAUUGAGAUUCUGUUGUUUGAGAUCUUGAUGAAAGUGAGUUCUGAAAUUCAGAAGGGAGGUGGAAACGACUUCAGGGUUAUGGAAAUGGACAAGGUCAUAGAAGCUGUCAUGAGCUCUGAUAGUUGGAUGAGAGGUAGAUUGAUUCCUAUCAUGAACAGCAUAGACACAAUCAAGGAGACUAGCAGGGACGAGUUCAGGAUGGGAACAUUUGAGAAACACAAGUCCAGGAUCUUCCCAUGCAACUGGUUGCAUUCACCAAGACCACCGGAGUUGCUACUUUGCUCAGUAUAUCAGUUUGCCAUUCAGGACUGUAGAAAUGUGACUUUGUUGAUCACAGUAGUUGAGGAAGAUUAAAGAGAGAUUCCACAAUAUGAAAGCGUGAAGUUGAGGUCAGAUUAUAAGACAGCUGACAAGCCUGAAGAGAUAUUACGGGUGACAGCACAUUGUGAAGGGGAGACUGAUGGGCUGAAGUUUCCAGAGGGAUUAUCAUUGCAGUAUUUGCAACACUUUGUAAGUCAGAUAGAGAUGGUGAUGGGAUGCAAAACUAGAAACAAGGGACGUAGGGUGUGGAAGCCACCGCUUGUUCCGGAAAUGAUUGAAGUAAAAGCUCAGAUACUAUACGAGGUGUUGCUUAGCUUGUAAGGGCAGUAGUGGUCAAGCUGGGAAUGUCAUAACAGGAACCACAGUCAGGAGGGGUUGCACUGAGAUGGUCUUUGAGGGUCUGAAGAUCAUCACCUUGAGGACAAGGUGAGUUUUAAAGGCGGGAGUAUUGAUACAAGCUAUGUUCUUGGAGGAUCAAAUGAUUAAUGGAUAAGGAUUACAAGUGGCAAAGUAACCUUAGUAAGGUUGGGUUAGUCUAAAAGUAACCAUGGUUUAGUUAAUGGUUUAGCUUUAUAAUAACGUUGGAGGUUUGGGGAGAGAUCUAUCGAGAAAUUAGAGAGUUGUUGCAGAGAGAGAGUCUCAUGGUUCCUUUCUUUGUAAACCAUUUCUGAUCAAUAAGAACGUAUUUCAUCUUUGAUUAUCAGUAUUGUUACUUUUGAGAUCUAAAUCGUAACAUUUUCUUGGAUACCAAAGACGGGCGCUCUUCCUCCCUAUGAAGAAGUAUCUGGUGAAGGUUAGUCAGUGGCCCUUUCAAGAGGCCGUGCUUAUUACAUGGCUGCCUAUGACAUAAAAGGAAAAGAACUAACCAGCAAACAACUCCUCGAUGGUGUUCCUCGGAAGCAUCUAAUGAGUUCAGGUGGAAUUGAUCGACUCGAAAGCGCAAAGGACUUUAUGGUCUCUAACGACUAUGUCAAGUACAUGGUUGCCCAUAGGCGUCCUUCACAUCCUGAUGAGUUUGCUGGUUACGAGAUCCUGCUUGAGAAGCUGCUAGCCAGAGGCCCUGUUGUUGUGGUGUUCGAUAUUCUUCCAGGGUACCAAGAUUAUGAUGGAAAAGGUAUAACACUCCCGAUAAGACGGCAUGUCAAGUAGCUAUGUUUGAGAUAUUCAAGCAGCACAGCGUUGUUGUCACCGGGUGUGGGGUUGGGUUGGUCGAAGGAAACCUGAUUGAGUUCUGGCAAACCCAUGAUUCCCAGGACCCUACAUGGGGUGUGAACGGGUUUGGCCAGUUGGCUCGUCGGAAUGGUCUGAUCGUAGCAGCGGUUGAGUUUCAGUUUUGAUCAAGUACCACCAAAAGAGCACAAGUAAACGGAGGAUGAGAGAAGCCUGGCUCUUGAAACUUUUUUAUAUUUUGUCAUAAUCACCUUUGGGUUAUAAACAACGUUCUGUUGUUGUUUUACUCUUAAGAUUCCAAGGCUUUUGAUGUGUAAAAAGUUUAAAACUGUUGCUUCUUUUCUUGA